CCCUAACUAGCCAUGCUGGGAUGCCGAAUGUUUGUGUCGGAAGUAGAAAAGUAGCUAUGUUUGUCUGCUUUCAAACAUAUCUUUUUCUCUGAUGUAAGUUUAUUAUAAAGCAAACAAAAUGUCGGAUGUUAAAGUGAAGAAGGAAUCGACCGAACCAGUGGAUAUAGAAAACAGGAUAAAGGAGCUGUGUGCGCAGUUUCCUCACGGGAUCACGGACCAAGUCAUCCAGAAUGACAUGCCGCACGUGGAGCCGCAGCAGCGGGCGAUGGCCAUCAACCGGCUGCUGUCAGUGGGUCAGCUGGACCUUCUCAGGAACGCCAAUGGUCUCCUCUACAGAUUGAAGGACACCCAGUCAACCAGCAAGGUGAAGGGAUCUGACAACCAGGAGAAGCUUGUCUACCAGAUCAUAGAAGACGCAGGAAACAAAGGUAUCUGGAGUCGCGAUAUCCGCUUCAAGAGUAACCUGCCUCUGACAGAGAUCAACAAGAUCCUGAAGAACCUCGAGAGCAAAAAGCUCAUCAAAGCAGUCAAGUCUGUAGCGGCCUCUAAGAAGAAGGUCUACAUGCUAUACAACCUACAGCCUGAUCGCUCGGUGACGGGGGGAGCUUGGUACAGUGACCAGGACUUUGAGUCUGAGUUCGUAGAAGUUCUCAAUCAGCAGUGCUUCAAAUUCCUCCAAAGCAAGGCCGAGGUGGCUCGUGACAGUAAGCAGUCCCCCAUGGUCCAGAGGAACAGCUCCUUCGCCACGUCACACGAGGUCUGGAAGUACAUCUCAGAACUCGGCAUCAGCAAGGUGGAUUUGUCGAUGGAGGACAUUGAGACGAUUCUGAACACGCUGAUCUUCGAUGGCAAGGUGGAGAUGACCAUCAUUGCCGCCAAGGAGGGCACGGUGGGCAGUGUGGACGGACAGGUAAAGUUGUAUCGCGGCGUUAACCCUAUAAUCCCCCCCACCGGCCUCGUCAAGACGCCCUGUGGACUCUGUCCGGUGUUUGAGGAUUGCCACGAGGGAGGGGAGAUCUCCCCGUCAAACUGCAUCUACAUGUCCGAGUGGCUGGAUUUCUGACCAAUAGCAAUCGGCUUCACGUCUGCGUGUCUCGGCCUCUGACCAAUUACGUCAACACCCCCCACCCCUUAUGUCCCGCCUUCUUUUAUAUUUUCUCUGUGGAGAAAGAACUGUAUGCAUAGCUGUGCGUUUUGACUCUUGAGUUGUGUUUGGACAAAAAAGUGCAUUAAAGAAAACGAUGAGGUGUGUGUGAAGAAGAGUUGUCUUGUUUGAGAGAAGCAGAAGGAAGUGUGUGCGUGCGUGCGGGCCGGCGGUCAUGCCUUCCCCUUCCUCUGUGCCUGACUGAAGUUUUGCAUCCUGUUAGAAGGCUGUGUUUGUUGUUUUGGUUGUAAAUAAAGAGGAUGUAUGCAUACA